AGACACCAUGACGGCUUUCUUCUUCGUCGCUCCUCUCACUCUUCUUUUUACCUUCUUUCUGCAACUCACUCAUGCCACAAAAAUGUCGCAUGUUGUAUACUUGGGAUCACAUUCUCAUGGUCCAGAACCUUCUUCUACUGAUAUGGACUUUGCUACAAAUUCUCAUCAUGAUUUGCUCGCUUCUGUCAUGGGAAGCCAUGAGAAGGCCAGAGAAGCUUUGAUUUACUCUUACAACAAACAUAUCAAUGGCUUUGCGGCAUCGCUUGAAGAAAAAGAAGCACAAGAGCUCAAAAAAAAGCCAAAUGUGGUGUCUGUGUUCUCCACCAAAGUGCAUAAAUUGCACACAACCAGGUCCUAUGAAUUUCUGGGACUUGAGAAAAAUAUAAGAGUUAGAGGCCAAUCUGCUUGGAUUAAGGCAAGAUUUGGUCAGAAUACGAUCAUCGCAAACAUUGAUACAGGUGUUUGGCCUGAAUCAAAAAGCUUUAACGACAAAGGAUAUGGUCCCGUCCCAGCAAAGUGGCGUGGAAAUGGGACCUGUGAGAUUGACAGGUUACCAGGCUCAAAGAGAAGCCCCUGUAACAGGAAGCUGAUAGGAGCAAGAGUGUUCUACAAAGGAUACGAAGCACACGAGGGCACGGUGAUUAAGUCGCCUCACAGCGCGCGUGACAUCGUAGGGCAUGGUACUCAUACCCUAUCGACGGCGGCCGGCAACUUCGUCCGAGGAGCUAGCGUCCUUAACAACGGUGAUGGCACGGCGAAGGGUGGGUCCCCCAGAGCUCGAGUGGUGGCCUACAAGGCAUGUUGGUCUCCGACAGACGCAUCAGGAUGCAACGAGGCGGAUUUGCUGGCUGCAUUCGAUCAAGCCAUAAACGACGGCGUCGAAGUCCUGUUUGUUUCGGCCGGAGGACAACGCCACUUCGCCGAGGAUUUGUUAACGGACGGGAUUUCAAUCGGAGCCUACCAUGCAACGGCCAAGGGCAUAGUGGUAAUUUCUUCUGCGGGUAAUGAAGGACCUGACCCUGGAACUGUAAAAAAUGUUGCACCUUGGGUCUUCACUGUUGCUGCUAGCACCAUUGAUCGAGACUUCAAUGAUAAUGUUACUCUCGGUAACAACCAAAGCAUUAAGGCGACAGGUCUGUCGUCAGGACUGCCAUCUGAUAAGUUCUAUCCAUUAAUCCGAGGUCGUGAUGCCAAGCUUCCUAAUGUCACAGCUCAAGAAGCUGACCUAUGCAAUGCUGGAACACUAGAUCCCAACAAAGUACGAGGCAAGAUACUGAUAUGUCAACGAGGAAGGAGCCUAAGACCAGUUGACAAGGGUCAAAAUGCUUUGCUUGCUGGUGCAGUGGCAAUGAUCUUAGAAAACGAUGGAAAAAGUGGGGACACAGUUACUGCUGAUCCUCAGGUCUUACCUGUGUCUGGUAAUACCAAUAAAUCAGCUGGAACGGAAGGCACUGAAUACUAUGACAUCACAAAGAACCCCGUUGCAUCCAUGGGCAAAGCAAAAACAUUUCUGGGAAUUCGACCGGCUCCAAUAAUGGCUUCAUUCUCAUCUAGGGGACCAAAUGCCAUUCAACCGUCACUUCUCAAGCCUGACAUUACUGCGCCUGGUUUGAACAUACUUGCUUCUUAUUCACUAGCCGCAAGUCCUAGUAAUUUAGCAUCAGAUAAGCGUCGUUUUACGUUCAACAUACUUUCUGGAACUUCAAUGGCGUGCCCUCAUGUGGCUGGCAUUGUUGGUCUUCUCAAAACACGCCAUCCUGAUUGGAGUCCAGCAGCUAUCAAAUCAGCAAUCAUGACCACAGCGACCACUUUUGAUAACACCAACAAUUUGAUUCGUGAUGGUGUUAAUGAAAAACCUGCGACUCCAUUUGCUUAUGGUUCGGGACAUGUUCGACCAGACCUAGCACUAAAUCCUGGACUUGUUUAUGAUCUGAGUGAAUCAGAUUACUUGAACUUCUUGUGUGGUUCUGGAUAUUCGGACUCAUUAGUUGCAUCCUUUAAUUUCAACAAGAUCUACAAAUGUCCGAGGUCUUACAAGAUAGAAGAUUUCAACUAUCCAUCAAUCUCAGUGUCUGUUUUGGAAGCAAAGCCUGUGACUGUAACUCGCACAGUUACAAAUGUUGGGCGUGCAAGCACGUAUAAGGCGACAGUGCAAGCACCAAAAGGAGUUAAGGUUGUUGUCCAGCCUGAGACUUUGAGUUUUAAGAAGACUGGUGAAAAGAAAAGAUUUAAGGUCACUUUCCAAACGUCGAGGUUGUUUCAAAAUGCAAGUUUUCCGUUUGGGGAGUUGUUAUGGACAGAUGGGAAGCACAGAGUUAGAAGUCCUAUUGUUGUCUUACGCUCCGAGGAAUAAUGACUAAUAAAGAACUUCAAUCUUAGAAAUAUAGUAUGAUCUCUAUUGUUUGUGAGGGACAGUGAAGUGUGAGCUUGUUUCUGGGUUUUAUGUUGUCCCUGUGUGCGUUUUUCUAUGACAAUGAUAAUGUUUUGUCAUUGUGUUUUUAAAUGGGUUCACUUUACA